AUGCCUUCUGAAGAUGCAACACACAAGUCACCAAGAAUCCACGACAUAGACACAUCAUCUGCUGCCGGUGUCUCUGGUCCGUUUUGGGAUGCAUCCGAUCGUUGCUUCUGGCUGAUGAACAAUCGUCAAAUUUACACCCAUCCUGAAAACUAUAGCGGAAGUUCUGCUUGUGCAACUAUCGCCUCCGCUAAUCCAGAUUCUGCUUACCCGUCCGGCUGGUCUAGGGGUCAACGUACACGUUCGUUAUCAGGUUCCGAUACUUCACCAAAUUCAGCAUCACAUGAAUCCAAACGCAUUCGUCCAGAUUCUUUGGGCGGUGUACCUGUAAAGAGUACAGGUUCCAAACAGUAUUCGCGACGGGGCACCCCAGAACAACAGCGCAAAUUUCCACAAUAUGACUUGUCCAAUCUUCCACCUCCCCCCCCUUUCCCUCCUCAACGAUCUCAUUCAGUUCGCUUUUCCCCGGAAAUAUCUUACUCUGAUGACCAUGUGAGAAACCGUAACCCAGGAGCAUCCCAACCCAGCUUCCCUCAACGUUCCCAAUCUGUCCGAAUCUCUAACGAGCGUGAGCAAAUCUUCACUCGCUCUAGCAGUCAAUCGCCUUCUACCUCUUCAUAUUCCCACCACAAACCCCUCCCUACUCGUACCCACUCAACCUCAUCCUCACCUACACCCUCAACCUCAACCUCAAACUCCAACCCCAUACCAACUUCAGCACUAAAACACACCACAACAAACACCACAACCUACAGCACUCUCCCCCCAAGCACGCGCUACACACCCCCCCGCUACCUCCACGACCUCGAACACGAAGACGAAGAUUUCUCCUCCUCUGCCUCUGCCUCCUCCAUCUCCUCCAUCUACUCCUACAACAAAUCCCCCACCUCCCAUCACUCCCCCCUAUCCACCCGCUCCCGCCACGAAUCCCAACGCCUCCGCACCCACCACCGCCACAUCGAAUACGACUACGACACCGAAAACGAAAUAUCCCCAGCACAGAAAGAAAAGAAACUCCGAAGAUCUGGAUCGGGAUCCGGACAGAAAAAUACGAGUACGGGUAAGCGUGCGCGUACAAAAGAGGAACAGAAGAAACAUGAGAAAACUUUAAAGAGUAUUGGGGAGACGGGGAGGGGAGAUAUGGGACGAGCGGCUUUUAUGACUGCGUUGCCUUUUGUGUGUCUUUUGGCAAAGAUGGCGGCUUGA